GGGGCUGAGUCAGCAGCCCACCCUCUACAGAGCAGAUGGCCCCUGAACCCUAUUCCCGUGGCAUGGACACAGGUCACAAUGAGGACCUAGUGCAUCUGUCUAGUGCACCCCGGCUGGCAGUGACCAUGGCUCCCCGCAAGAGGAGCCGCCAUGGCCUGGGCUUCCUGUGCUGCUUCGGGGGCAGCGACCUCCCUGAGAUCAACCUCCGGGACAACCACCCUCUGCAGUACAUGGAGUUUUCCAGCCCCAUCCCCAACCCAGAAGAGCUUAAUAUCCGCUUUGCAGAGCUGGUGGAUGAAUUGGAUCUCACUGACAAAAACCGGGAGGCUGUGUUUGCACUGCCCCCCGAGAAGAAAUGGCAGAUCUACUGCAGCAAGAAAAAGGAGCAGGAGGACCCCAACAAGCUGGCAACCAGCUGGCCUGAUUAUUACAUUGACCGCAUCAACUCCAUGGCUGCGAUGCAGAGUUUGUAUGCGUUUGAUGAGGAGGAGACGGAGAUGAGGAAUCAAGUCGUGGAAGACCUGAAGACAGCUCUCCGUACACAGCCCAUGAGGUUUGUGACCCGCUUCAUCGAGCUGGAGGGCUUGACCUGUCUGCUGAAUUUCCUCCGGAGCAUGGACCACGCCACCUGUGAGAGCCGCAUUCACACUUCCCUCAUUGGCUGCAUCAAGGCGCUGAUGAACAACUCCCAGGGGCGGGCGCAUGUGCUGGCCCAGCCGGAGGCCAUCAGCACUAUUGCACAAAGCCUGCGCACGGAGAACAGCAAGACCAAGGUGGCAGUGCUGGAGAUCUUGGGCGCCGUGUGCCUCGUGCCUGGUGGCCACAAGAAGGUGCUGCAGGCCAUGCUACACUACCAGGUGUAUGCGGCAGAACGGACACGCUUCCAGACUCUGUUGAAUGAACUUGACCGAAGCUUGGGCCGGUACCGGGAUGAAGUGAAUCUGAAAACAGCCAUCAUGUCCUUUAUCAACGCUGUCCUCAAUGCUGGAGCUGGAGAGGACAAUCUGGAGUUCCGCCUACAUCUGCGGUAUGAGUUCCUGAUGCUGGGGAUACAGCCUGUGAUCGACAAACUCCGGCAACACGAGAAUGCUAUCCUGGACAAACAUCUGGACUUCUUCGAGAUGGUCCGUAAUGAGGAUGAUCUGGAGCUAGCCAGGAGGUUUGACAUGGUCCACAUUGAUACCAAGAGUGCUUCCCAGAUGUUUGAUCUGAUCCAUAAAAAGCUGAAGCACACCGAGGCCUACCCCUACCUGCUCUCUGUCCUCCAUCACUGUCUGCAGAUGCCCUACAAGCGUAAUGGUGGCUACUUCCAGCAGUGGCAGCUCUUGGACCGCAUCCUUCAACAGAUUGUUCUCCAGGAUGAGCGGGGAGUGGACCCUGACCUGGCUCCAUUGGAAAACUUCAAUGUCAAGAAUAUCGUCAACAUGCUCAUCAAUGAGAAUGAGGUGAAACAGUGGCGAGACCAGGCGGAGAAAUUCCGGAAAGAACACAUGGAGCUUGUAAGCCGGCUAGAGAGGAAGGAACGAGAAUGUGAGACAAAGACUCUGGAGAAGGAAGAGAUGAUGCGAACACUGAACAAAAUGAAGGACAAGCUGGCCCGGGAGUCCCAGGAGCUGCGCCAGGCCCGGGGACAAGUGGCAGAGCUGGUAGCUCAACUCAGUGAAAUCUCAACUGGCCCUGUGUCUUCCCCACCUCCCCCUGGGGGCCCGCUCACCUUGUCUUCCUCGAUGACAACCAACGACCUGCCUCCACCCCCACCUCCUCUCCCCUUUGCCUGCUGUCCGCCCCCACCACCACCACCCCUUCCACCUGGUGGGCCUCCCACACCCCCAGGCGCUCCCCCUUGCUUUGGUUUGAACCUGCCCCUCCCUCAAGACCCCUUCCCCAGCAGUGACAUCCCACUCAGGAAAAAGCGUGUCCCCCAGCCUUCCCACCCACUGAAGUCCUUCAACUGGGUCAAGCUGAAUGAGGAGCGUGUCUCUGGCACCGUAUGGAAUGAGAUCGAUGACAUGCAGGUAUUUCGGAUUCUGGACCUAGAGGAUUUUGAAAAAAUGUUUUCAGCCUAUCAGAGGCACCAGAAAGAGUUGGGCUCCACUGAAGACAUCUACCUGGCCUCCCGCAAGGUCAAAGAGCUGUCCGUCAUUGAUGGCCGUAGAGCUCAGAACUGCAUUAUUCUUCUAUCCAAGUUGAAGCUUUCUAACGAGGAGAUCCGGCAGGCCAUCUUGAAGAUGGAUGAGCAGGAGGACCUCGCUAAGGACAUGCUGGAGCAGCUCCUCAAGUUCAUCCCAGAAAAGAGUGACAUUGACCUCCUUGAGGAACACAAGCAUGAGAUCGAGCGGAUGGCCCGUGCUGAUCGCUUUCUCUAUGAAAUGAGCAGGAUCGACCACUACCAGCAGCGACUGCAGGCCCUCUUCUUCAAGAAGAAGUUCCAGGAGCGUCUGGCUGAAGCCAAGCCCAAAGUGGAAGCCAUCCUGCUGGCCUCCCGGGAGCUGAUCCGCAGCAAGCGCCUAAAGCAGAUGCUAGAGGUCGUCCUGGCCAUUGGCAACUUCAUGAACAAAGGGCAGCGUGGGGGCGCCUACGGGUUCCGAGUGGCCAGCCUCAACAAGAUCGCUGAUACCAAGUCCAGCAUUGAUAGAAACAUCUCUCUGCUCCAUUACCUGAUCAUGAUCCUGGAGAAGCAUUUCCCUGACAUCCUGAACAUGCCUUCUGAGCUGCAGCAUCUACCAGAAGCUGCCAAAGUCAACCUGGCAGAGCUGGAGAAGGAGGUGGGCAACCUCAAGAAGGGCCUAAGAGCAGUGGAGGUGGAACUGGAAUAUCAGAGACGCCAGGUGCGGGAGCCUAAUGACAAGUUUGUCCCAGUCAUGAGUGACUUCAUCACAGUGUCCAGCUUUAGCUUCUCAGAGCUGGAGGACCAACUGAAUGAGGCCAGGGAUAAGUUUGCCAAGGCCCUAAUGCACUUUGGGGAGCAUGAGAGCAAGAUGCAGCCAGACGAAUUCUUCGGCAUCUUUGACACUUUCCUGCAGUCCUUCUCAGAGGCUCGACAGGACCUGGAGACCAUGAGGAGGAAAAAGGAGGAGGAGGAGCGGCGAGCACGCAUGGAAGCCAUGCUGAAGGAACAGAGGGAGCGUGAGCGGUGGCAGCGGCAACGGAAGGUCCUUGCAGGCAAUACGCUGGAGGAGGGAGGCGAAUUCGACGACCUGGUGUCGGCCCUGCGCUCCGGGGAAGUUUUCGACAAGGACUUAUGCAAGCUGAAGCGCAGCCGCAAGCGAUCAGGGAGCCAAGCCCUGGAAGUCACCCGGGAGCGAGCAAUAAACAGGCUAAAUUAUUGACCUGGGAGACUGGCCACGCAGGAAGCUGAGAGAUGGGGAUGGGCUGAGAGGGGCUGAGUGGAGGAGGAGGUGAUAUGUAAACAAUUUGGUGCUCGGUUCAGAGCCCUGGGCUGGGUCCUGGGGUGGAGGGCUGCGUGUGGCUGGACCAGGCUCUCCCCACAUUUAUCUUAAGGGGUUCCUUUCACCUCCCCUUCACAUUACUCUUUCUACAUUCAGGCCCCCGGGAAUCAUUCCCUGGCAGGCCCCAGACCUAUGGCCUGGUAACUCCAGGAUUAUGGGGUCCUGCUGUCCAUCCCUGCCAUGGGUACUCACAUGUUGGUACUUUGCUAUUCCAGAUCUAGGCUGGUGAGGUCCAAGUGCCUUGCCCAGAGUCAUGUGCAGGAGAGAGUGAUGUUGGGGGUGGGCCCCUGACAGUCAGAGUGAAGAAAUUCAGCACCCCCACACACUCAAGAGGAGGCUCAAUGGAAUGUUGAUCUGGGGGUGAGCUUUCCUCUUGGUUGGAAAUGGAAGAAGCAUGAUAUAUUCUAGCUAGAUCAGCCCUGGUAUGUUUCAGAAAGAACGAAAAAAAAAAAAAAGUUGUGAGGAUGAUGCAGGGACCAAAGCCAUCAGGACAGUGGCAGUGCCUGUUUCUUACAUCAUAAGUCCGUUGGCCUCUCUCUUGCAUGUCUUAAGUCCCUCUUCCUUCCUUCCCCACUUCCAUCCUAGCUACUACCACAAUCUAGGAAACUCACCUUUGGUUUCCCACAACUAUGGUUCACUACCAGGUACCUGAUGAGCCUGGUAAGGGAGGGGCAUCAAGAAAGACCUCAUAAAUCACCAUAUUUCAUGCCUUGGGCAUAGGGGACUCCCCCCCCCUUAUUGUCAUGAAGUGAGCCAGCGACCUCACAUCUUACCUAGGAGUUCCCAAUACCCAUCACCAGAGGACAAUUGAAUGCCUAGCUCCACCCAAGAAGUCCCCUGAUAUCCUACUUAAUAUUAAUCACUCAGAUCCCACUUUUUCUCCAACACCAGCAUUGGGGCAAAAGCUAUAGUGUCUCCACAGUAUGCCCAACCUGCAGGAGACCACUCAGAACCAUUUGUGCCUGGCUGAGGCUAGCUCUGGGGAAUGGGUUCUUGAGAGUCUUGAGGGCUAGAGCUGCUUUCUGCAUUCCAACUAGGAGACCAGAGCUGAGCAGGUAGGGGAAUCUGGGGAGAAGAGGAUAGAGCUGCCUAUCUUGGGGGAGCACAUUGCCUGAAGGAGUCAAGGAAAGAAGUAACCCCAUCUCCAGUACCCAAUGUGAUUCUUCAGCCUGACUUGCAAGGGGCCUAUUCUGGUCCUCCCUCCCACUCAAACCUUCUAUUUUGUCCACAUGGAACUGUCUUUGGUGGGGAGGUGGGAUGGCUGCAUCUAGACAAAUUUCCUUUCUUCGAAGGAUCCUCUGUUGAGGAUCUUAUUUCCAAUGCAACUUCCUCCCUUUCCUUUCCCCCUCUGGGAGACCAGCCCUGCCUGACUUUCACCAUCAAUGAGCUCCUGAGCCUUCUGCCCUCUUGUCCUUCGUUUGAUAUUCUUGAACCUGGCUCAGGGUUGUUGCCAGUGGAUGAACUGGUGGGCAAGGCGCACUCUUCAGCUGCCUAUCUUCUAUCUUUCCUCUACAUCAGCUUCCUGGGGUUGAGACCAUAGUAGCUGUGAUGGAGGAAAUGGGUUGGUGAGCCCAGCAUGUGUGUUGGUUCGAGAGGGCAGCUGGUGUGUUCUGGUGGGAGGGAUCUAAGCAAGUGCACGGUGUGAAGAGGACAUCCUGGAAUCCAGGCGAAGGCAGGAUGAAGGCUUCCAGGAAGAGCAGCUGCAGAGGGUUCUGCUAUACUCAUCUGCACAGUCGAGAGCCCCACUGCAAGAAGCAGGCGUUGGAAUAAUGGAGAUGUAGUGGGUACUGUCCCCGGAGGUCUCCCAAACUGGUCAGGCUGAGGUCAACCUAAUCCACAAGGGGCUCCACUACUGACAAUUCCUGGCAUUCCCACCACCAUUGAAGACUGGAUAUGCACCAGGAAAGACAAGGAUUAAGGGAAGUUCUUUAAAACACAUUGGCUCCUCAGAAAAGCAUUUGUUUUAACUGUUUACAAAGGACACAAAUUGCUCCAGGACCCAGCCUUCUCACUUUGGAAGUUUUCUUCUCUAUUUAUUAUUCUCUGAAUCUGGCCAGUGGCUCUGGUGCUAGAUGCUAUUGUAGCCAGAACUCCAGCAGUGCCUUGGACUAUGGACUGUCACGGUCAACUCAGCAAUAAGAGGCUGGCACUCAGCAAAGGUGGCUGAGCUAGUGAGAUGUUAGACGUUUAAGCCUAUUAAUACGAUUGUUGGUCUUGUUUUCCGCAGUGCCUUUCUCUCCCUUUUUGCCAUCUUUAGGUGAAUUUCUACAGCUAAUUGUGUGUCUGAUGUAAAAUUCAGUCGACCUAAUGCUACCUGUCCUCAGCAGCAGCACUUCCUCUUCCCUUUUGAGGGAGGUAAAAUGUGUUUGGGGCAGUGGGAAGAGAAACUUCUUCAGGUGAAUGGGGAGGGGUCAGGUCCAGGCUUCCCACCCCCACCCCCAUUCCCUGCAACUAGUGAACCCUGACCAUCUUCUCCAGCCUCUACCAGGGACACUUUCCUGCCAGGGCUGCUCUCACCAGCUGUCUCAGAUGACAAAUGAGGCUCAUGGACAAAGUCUACAGUGUCCUUUUUACCUGCACCUUU